CACAGCCAGGUUGCCAGCUAUGGCCUCAGCUUGAGGUGGUGCUGGAAGCCCCCUCCGUGGUCAGGAUGGAGAAGGACCCUGCCACACACAGGAGGCACCGACCUGGCCCUGGGGUCCCACUCUGUAGCACAGGCCCUGGGCUCAGCAAAGCAGCCAGCGAGGGGCCCGAACUCCAGAGAAGCAGGAGUGUGGGUGGCCUGCUGCAGAAGGGGGACCCACUGAGCUGCCCCAGGAGGCCACGCAGGGAGCUGGAGUUUGAAGAUCAGGGCCAUGACCUAAGGAGAGACGCAGAUGACGCCAGUGGCCAGGCAGACCUAGAGGAAGACAGGAAGAAGGACCAGGAUGCCCAGGGAACCCCAGACCCUAACAGUAGAAAACUGGAGCCAGAUGUUGAGAGGAGCAGCACAGAGGCCAGCACCAAGAGGGAGCAGGAAGGCGCAGGCCCAUGCCCAAUGGAGGCGAAGGAGGAGCAGGAGCUGGAGCCCCUAAAGCUGGUCAGCCUUCUGGAAAAAGAGAAACCAUCUGCAUUUGUGGAGAUUGACCUUGGAGAUCAGGCUGAGGAGGUGAUCACCUGUGCCGUGAGAGAGGAGAUGCAGGCCCAGAUGGAUGCAGGGGACCUGUCAGAAGAUGAGACAAAGACCAGCUGGGUGUGUUGCAUCCCAUACACCACCAGGAGGAAGGCCAAGCACGGCGUGGUGGCCCUGGAGAAGUCCUAGGAACUGGCCGAGAGGGAUGCAGCCUGGCCCUCACCAGUCACAGACCUUAACCCUCAGCCAUCCCUCAGUAAAG